AUGAGGCUCGCUACGCUGAUCUCUCUGGUGAGGCCGAUCGGCCCGGUGGUAGUUGGCAUCUCGCUGGGCUUCACCCUCAGUCUGCUCAGCGUCACAUGGGUAGACGAGAGCUGCGGCUUCGGUGCCGUUGGAGCGACACAGGAGACCCCGGUGGCACCGCCGGGAGGUGCGCGUAAACCCAACUCCAUAGCUAACGGUAACGCCGAAGAGGAUGACUUCCAGCCCAGAAUAGUGCCAUACCACAAACCCACUCAGCAGGUCUCUCAAAAAAAAGUGAUCAGAGCCAAGUACGCCAGCACGGAACUGGGAAUUCGUGAACGUCUGUUCGUAGCUGUCCUGACCUCCAAGAACAACUUGAACACGUUGGCAGUGGCUAUUAACAGAACCCUAAACCACCACCUGGAUGGCUGCCUUAUGUUUUUUACCAGCUCCCGCAGCCGCAAAGUCCCACACGGGAUGUUCGUUUUCGCCCACGGUGACGAGCACCCGGUGCCCAACAUGUUUCAGACAAUAAAAUACCUUUUGGAGCACCAUGUGGCAGAGUACGAUUGGUUCUACCUUCUCCAGGAUGACACUUACACCCAGCCUGACAGGCUGAAGACCUUGGUGAGCCACUUGAGCAUGGACCUCCAUUUGUACAUGGGCCGCCCUGGAGAGUUCAUCGGAGGUAAAGCCCAGGGAGGGUACUGCCAGGGCAGCUCAGGCUUUCUUUUAUCUAGGGCUUUGUUAAUGAAGCUUCAGCCCUUCUUGGAGCGCUGCAGAGUGGAUAUUGUAAGCACCAGACCUGACGAAUGGCUGGGACGCUGCAUUAUUGAUUACAUUGGCACUAGCUGUGUGGAGGAGCAUGAGGGACUUCAUUAUAAUUCCUUUGAGAUGAAGCAAAACACUAACCCUAUGACAGAAGAUAGUCAAGGCUUCCAGGAUGCUCUGUCAGUUCACCCAGUGAGCAGCCCAGAGCAGAUAUAUCGUCUGCACAGAUACUUCGCAGAGAGGGAGCUGCAGAAAACCUACGAGGAGAUCAAGAAACUACAGGAGGAAAUAAAGAACAUCAGCCGCAUUGCUGCAGACGGCAAAAGAAGUGCAUUGUGGCCCGUGGGCGUCCAGCCUCCCUUUGAGCCCAAGAAUCGCUUUGAGGUUCUGCGCUGGGACUAUUUCACAGAGGAGCAGCUGUUCUCCUGCACCGACGGUGCUCCCAAAUGCCCGCUGAGCGGCGCCGACCGCGCCGACGUGGCCGACGUCAUCCAGGUCGCCGUGGCAGAGCUGAGCAAGCGAUAUUCACCCGCGCUGGAACUCACCGUGCCGCGCUUAGUCAACGGCUACCGCCGCUUCGACCCGACCCGUGGCAUGGAGUACACUUUGGACCUGCAGCUUCGGGCUGAGACAAAAUCCGGUUCCAGGGAAAUGGUCACCAGGCGAGUCCAUUUAGUGCGCCCGUUGAGCCGGGUAGAGAUCAUCCCCAUGCCUUAUGUCACAGAGGCCAUGAGGGUGCACAUUUUGCUGCCACUGACGUGCGCCGAUCGUUCCGCAGCACUUGAAUUUUUGGAACGUUCUGCGUCGAAUCUGUUCGAGCCCACCGAGAACGCCGUACUGAGCCUUCUGUUUCUGUAUGAGCCUGGCGAGGCACAGAAAUUAGGCACUGAUGACAUUUUUGCAGAUGUCAAAGCCAAGGUGAGCGCCCUGGAACGUCGUUUUCCGAACCUUAAGGUUCCAUGGAUCAGCAUGAAGACGGAAAAUCCUGGGCUUUUGCGUGUGCUUGAUGUGGUAUCCAGAAAGCAUCCAGCGGACACUUUGUUUUUAUUAGUGACCGCCGAUACGAUGCUAAAUUCUGAGUUUCUAAACCGCUGCCGCAUGAACGCCAUCAGCGGCUGGCAGGUCUUCUUCCCUGUACAUUUCCAAAAUUACGACCCGCAGGUGGCCUAUCCCAAUCAAACCGCGCCCACCGUUCCCGAACUAUCACGGGAGGCGGGUCACUUUGACCGCCACGCCUUCCAAGAGGCGUGCUUCUACAACGGCGACUACGUGUUCGCGCGUGGCCGCAUGGACUCGGAAAUCCGGGAGGACGAGGACCUCCUGGAGAGCCUGGACGUCUAUGACGUCUUCGUGCGCUACUCGGGCCUGCACGUCUUCCGCGCCGUAGAACCAGCGCUGUGCCAGGAAUACAGAAACCGCAAGUGUGACCCUCGGCUCAGCGAAGACGUUUUUCAUCGCUGCCUCCAAAGCAAACACGAGAGCGUGGGCUCCCGGUCGCAGCUGGCAAUGCUGAUGUUCGAGCAAGAACAGGGCAAUAGCACCUGAUAUCCGGAACAAUUCGGGGUGCAGAGAUCAUAGACUGCCGACAUGCUAGAUAGGUUCAGCUCUGCAAGAUUUCUACAGGAGGGAUUUGCAGGAUGGAAAUCUGUGCUUGAAGGAUGGAUGAACAGCUGGAUGAGGGGAAAUGUUUGAAGUUCUGGCAGAAAGGACUCCUUAAAGGCAGCAAGAUGCCACAAAGGGAGAAAAAAAACUUUGCCAUGGGUAAUGUUGUGUACAACAAAACUGCAGACUGUCUGGGUGACAAAAAAAUCCAGUUUCAAGAACCUUCAUUUCUGUAUUUUUAAAUCCACCCACAUUAGAAAUGUAUUCCUGUCUCACGCCCACGCUCCUUUCCUGUUUGCUCCGUUUGUCUGGGGCAUCCAGCUGAGAAACUAGCGCCUGUGUGCCUUUACAUUCACUCCUUCAUGUAUUUGUGACUGUAAAUAACCUGAGGCAAAUAUAUUUUUGAG